AUGGUUUCGGCGCUGAUACGAGGGCUUCUGCGCGACUGGAAGCGGAUGCAGUACGCGGAGGGCGGGCUGGGACGGUGGAUCCGGCCGCAGGAGAAUAAUGUGCAUGUCUGGCACCUGGUGCUGUACGAUGGGAUGGGCGAGAGGGAGAUAUACUGCAUGUGCUACGUGGGCGAGCGCGGCGGGGCGCCGGUGGUGGUGCUGCGCAGCUGCACGCCGAACUCAUACGUGCCGCUGCAGCGCAACGUGUGCGGGGCGCCAGUGGCUCGAGAGCUGGCGGGCGGCGGGGGGCUGGCCGGGCUGUACCGGCGGGUGGCCGGGCUGUUUUUCGGGGUCGCGCACCGGGAGAGCGCGGAGCUGAUGCGGGCGUGGAACCGGGUGGUGUGCCGUGAGUUCCGGGCGCAGUUCGGGGCGCUGUGCGGCGGGGCGCUGAGUGCAACAGGGCUGGCGCAGGUGCGCGAGUACCUGGCAGAGCACGGGCGCGAGCGCGCGGGCGGUGCGUUCGGGGCGCGCGCGGCGGAGCUGGUGGCGUGCGACGGCGGCGCGCGCAGCGCGGACACGCAGGCGUGCGACAGCGAGACGGACGCGGGCGCGCGCGCGGCCAAGCGGCAGCGGGCAGCGGGGCGGGCGGUGCCGCGAGGCGCGUGCGAGGAGGAGGCGCGGCGGCGGCGGCGGGCGUAG